GUUGUUGCCUCGACAGUGAAUGCUGAAGAGGAGAAGGAAAUGCGUCGUCAACGACGCUUCAGACGUCGCUCGGAUACGCAAGGAAUGAUUCCGAAUCAGAAAGUAUGUGAGUUCCAAUUCCUCCUAUGA